AUGGCACUGGGGGUCCGCUGUGGCUGGGUGACUGGGGAGGGACUGCCUGGGCAGGCUAGAAAGAAGGCACGGAAAGCAUCCCCACUGGCUGUGCUGGAGAAGCAACAUGAGCAGUAUGGCACUGGCCAUGACAUCAGCGGUGCCCUGGAGCCUUCCAAUAUAGACACCAGUAUCCUGGAGGAGUACAUUGGCAAGGAGGACGCCUCUGAUCUCUGCUUCCCUGACAUCUCUGCACCAGCCAGCACAGCCUCCUUCCCCCACGGGCCACCAGCCAUCCCCGGCUCCAGCGGGCUCCACCAUCUGAGCCCCCCUGGGAGUGGACCAUCCCCCGGGCGUCAUGGCCCCCUCCCACCCCCGACCUACGGCACCCCACUCAACUGCAACAACAACAACGGCAUGGGCACUGCCCCCAAGCCCUUCCUGGGGGGCUCUGGGCCUCCCAUCAAGGCAGAGCCCAAGGCUCCCUAUGCCCCAGGCACAUUGCCAGACUCGCCCCCAGACUCAGGCUCUGAGGCCUACUCCCCUCAGCAGGUGAAUGGUGAGUCCAGCGGGCAGUGCCACCCUCCCCCUCUGGGUUUGGGCAAAUGGUUGGUGCAGCCUUAUCAGGGAGAGAGGGAGGAGGGAGGGAGGGGGCCAGCGGCUGCCCAACGGGCCAGAUUAUCGCUGGUCAAAUACUCCUCGGCGCUGCCUAUUGUUCCCCCAUGGGCGGGUGGGGAGCCUGGUCUUGCCUCAGAGCAAGUGUCCCUGCUGGUGAUGCCACCGUCUGGCCCCCUGCGCCAUCAUGGAUGCGCCCUUUGGCGACCCCCAUCUUCUGCGCACUACCCUGUCAUUCAGCGGGACCUCUACAUGAAGGCUGAGCCCCCUGUACCCCCCUAUGCUGCCAUGGGGCCGGGUCUGGUGCCCCCCGAACUCCACCACACCCAGCAGACUCAGGUGCUACACCAGCUGCUGCAGCAGCACGGAGCUGAGCUCCCUCCACACCCCUCCAAGAAAAGGAAGCACUCGGAAUCACCCCCCAACACCCUCAAUGCCCAAAUGCUGAAUGGAAUGAUCAAGCAGGAACCUGGGACUGUGACAGCCCUGCCCCCACACCCUGCCAGAGCUCCAUCCCCACCAUGGCCUCCCCAGGGCCCGCUCUCACCUGGCACCAGUUCCUUACCCCUCAGCAUUGCCCGAGUCCAGACUCCACCUUGGCAUCCACCAGGUGCACCCUCCCCAGGCCUCCUGCAGGACAGUGAUAGCCUCAAUGGCUCCUACCUGGACCCCAACUACCAAUCUAUCAAAUGGCAGCCACAUCAGCAGAACAAGUGGGCCACCCUGUAUGAUGCCAACUACAAAGAACUGCCUAUGCUCACCUAUCGCGUGGACGCUGACAAGGGCUUCAACUUUUCGGUGGGUGACGAUGCUUUUGUGUGCCAGAAGAAGAACCACUUCCAGGUGACCGUGUACAUUGGCAUGCUGGGUGAGCCCAAGUAUGUUAAGACUCCGGAAGGCCUCAAGCCGCUCGACUGCUUCUACCUGAAGCUGCAUGGAGUGAAGCUAGAGGCCCUGAACCAGUCUAUCAACAUUGAACAGUCACAGUCAGACAGAAGCAAGAGGCCCUUCAACCCUGUCACGGUCACUCUUCCCCCUGAGCAGGUCACAAAGGUGACCGUGGGGCGGCUCCAUUUCAGUGAGACCACUGCCAACAACAUGAGAAAGAAGGGCAAGCCCAACCCUGACCAGAGGUAUUUCAUGCUGGUGGUGGCCCUCCAGGCACAUGCACAGAACCAGAACUACACACUGGCAGCCCAGAUCUCAGAGCGCAUCAUUGUGCGGGCCUCUAACCCAGGCCAGUUUGAGAGUGACAGUGACGUCCUGUGGCAACGGGCACAGCUGCCAGACACCGUCUUCCACCAUGGCCGUGUGGGCAUCAACACAGACCGGCCAGAUGAGGCACUGGUUGUGCAUGGCAAUGUCAAGGUCAUGGGAUCUCUCAUGCAUCCUUCAGAUUUGCGGGCCAAGGAGCAUGUGCAGGAGGUGGACACUACUGAGCAAUUGAAAAGGAUCUCUCGCAUGAGGCUAGUGCACUACAGAUACAAGCCCGAGUUCGCUGCCAGUGCAGGCAUUGAGACCACUGCACCAGAGACAGGUGUCAUCGCACAGGAAGUGAAGGAGAUCUUGCCUGAGGCUGUGAAGGACACAGGAGAUGUAGUCUUUGCCAACGGGAAAACCAUAGAGAACUUCCUGGUAGUGAACAAGGAGCGAAUCUUCAUGGAGAAUGUCGGGGCUGUGAAGGAGUUAUGCAAACUGACAGACAACCUGGAGACGCGCAUCGAUGAGCUGGAGCGCUGGAGCCACAAGCUGGCCAAACUGCGGCGCCUUGACAGCCUCAAGUCAACCGGCAGCUCUGGCGCUUUCAGUCAUGCAGGGAGCCAGUUUAGUCGGGCAGGCAGUGUCCCCCACAAGAAGAGGCCCCCUAAGGUGGCCAGUAAGUCAUCACCAGUGGUCCCAGACCAGGCCUGCAUCAGCCAGCGUUUCCUUCAGGGAACUAUCAUCGCUUUGGUGGUGGUCAUGGCCUUCAGCGUGGUGUCCAUGUCCACACUGUAUGUGCUGAGUCUGCGCUCUGAAGAGGAUCUGGAGGAUGCUGAUGGCAGGUCCAGCCAGAGCUUUGGGACCACGCAGCUCCGAGAGUCCUCUAUGACCACCGGAAUGCCAGGCACACAGCCCUCUUUGCUGCUGGUUACCAAUUCAGCCUCAGGUCCAGCUCUCCGUACCUUGGACCUAUGCUCCAGCCAGCCCUGCCCCGUCGUCUGCUGCUCCACGCCCACCUCUAGUGCUGUUACAGAUCCUCACCUUGGCCCCACUGCUAUCCCUGCCCCAAGCCCCAGGCCCAGCCCCAGGCCCAGCCCCGACCACUCAGGUCCCAGCCAGAUGGCCCCACUGCCAGUAACCAACAUCAGAGCCAAAUCCUGGGGCAUUUCAGCUAAUGGCAUCGGCUAUCCCAAGCACUCCAAGAGCCUGGAACCUCUAGCCAGUCCUGUGGUCCCCUUUCCUGGGGGGCAGAGCAAGACCAAGAACAGCCCCAGCCUCAGUCUCCACAGUCGUGCCCGCAGAGGAGCCCCUCAACCCAACCCAAGUCCUGCUCAACUCACUCAGACCCAGGGCCGGCUAGACCCAGUGCCAUCCCUGAGCUCCAUCCAGCUGCUGGAGAAUUCCAUGCCUAUUACUUCCCAGUAUUGUGUGCCAGAGGAUGCCUGCAGGCACGGAAACUUCACCUACCACAUCCCUGUCAGCAGCAGCACCCCACUGCACCUCAGCCUGACCCUACAGAUGAAUUCCUCCACCCCUGUAUCCGUGGUAUUGUGCAGCCUGACGUCAAAGGAGGAGCCCUGUGAAGAGGGGGCCUUUUUGCAGAGCCUUCACCCCCAUCAGGAUACUCAGGGCACCUCUCAUCGGUGGCCAGUAACCAUCCUGUCCUUCCGUGAAUUCACAUACCACUUCCGGGUGGCAUUGCUGGGUCAGGCCAACUGCAGCUCAGAGGCCGUCAUCCAGCCAGCCUCAGAAUACUACUUCCAUUUCUACCGCCUGUGUGACUGAGCUGCCUCCUGAGGCAGCGCCACAGCCGGGAUUAGGUCCCUGGGUCCUCAACACUGGAUGCAAAUGUGUUACACUGGAGCCUGCUGCAGGCCAGCUCUCUGCUCUUCACUGCCUCCCCUUGACUGGGGAGACUGGAAAUCUUCACACUGGAGCUGCUGGGCAAGCUGGCCACCCUCACACAGCAUAGAGGGAGCUAGAGUGACCAGCAUCCUGAGCCUUUCUUCUGGCCACCUCCUUGGGGCAGCAAAGGACCAAUGCGUGGCUGUCUAGAUAUGGUUGCUGGAGGGCUGGGCGCAAAGGUCCUGUAGGCAAGGGGAAGCUAUGUCCCUGACUUGUCCACUCCCAACUCUCCAUGCCUUCCCUUCUGAGGUGUGGUGGAGAAAAGGCCCAUGGGGGUUGGACCCAGACCUGUAAUACCUAGCUGGACACAUGAGUCCAUGGAGAGCUAGUAACUCUCACCCUUUAUGCUGUUCCCAGGAGGGACAGCUUGGUAGUAGACUUUCUGGGGUUUGACUGUUACACUAGACCUGGAUUUCUAAGCUUUAAUGUGGUUGGUUCAGGG